CAGGGCGCGGGGCGAUCGCCGUCGGGGCUCGGGCGGCGGGCAGUGGGCUCAGGCUCCCCGGUGCCCGCCCCUCCGCUGGAGGUGGAGGGCGCGAGCGGGCUGCCGGGGAGGGGCCGGCACCGCCGCCGCAAAAUGAGCCUGCUGUCGGCCAUCGACACCAGCGCCUCGGUGUACCAGCCGGCCCAGCUGCUCAACUGGGUCUACCUGUCGCUGCAGGACACGCACCAGGCGAGCGCCUUCGAUGCCUUCCGGCCCGAGCCCCCCGCCGGCGCUGCGCCUCCAGAGCUGGCUUUCGGCAAGGGCCGCCCGGAGCAGCUGGGCUCGCCCCUGCACUCCAGCUAUCUCAACAGCUUCUUCCAGCUGCAGCGCGGAGAGGCCCUGAGCAGCAGCGUGUACAAGAGCACCUCGCCCUACGGCUCCCUCAACAACAUCGCCGACGGCCUCAGCUCCCUCACCGAGCACUUCUCCGACCUGACCCUGACCUCUGAGACCCGGAAGCCCAGCAAGAGACCCCCGCCCAACUACCUGUGCCACCUGUGUUUCAACAAAGGACACUACAUCAAGGACUGCCCCCAGGCACGCCCCAAAGGCGAGGGUCUGACCCCAUACCAGGGCAAAAAGCGCUGCUUCGGCGAGUACAAGUGUCCCAAGUGCAAGAGAAAAUGGAUGAGCGGGAACUCCUGGGCCAACAUGGGGCAGGAGUGCAUCAAGUGCCACAUCAACGUGUACCCGCACAAGCAGAGGCCCCUGGAGAAGCCCGAUGGCCUGGACGUGUCCGACCAGAGCAAGGAGCACCCCCAGCACCUGUGCGAGAAGUGCAAGGUGCUGGGCUACUACUGCCGCCGAGUGCAAUGACCGGCCGUGCGCCGCCUCCGCCAGCCAGAGAAGACCCGCUGUGUUCGUCCAUGUUGCUGCGUGUCCCCAUGUGUGUGGGGGUGUCCUCACAGGCAUGCGGGUCUGGGCAGGGGGUCUUAGGUUCUUGUCUCAUGUGUGUUGACAAACAGUGUUACUGACAUAGCUGCCCCGCGGAAGGCGGGGUCUCUGGGACUCCCCAGGUGGGCUGAGUCUGUGGGGGGACUGGGGGCGAGCUGGGGUGGAUGCACAGGACCCACAAAGCCCUCGGGGUCCCCUGCAGGCUCUCCUCCUCUGAGACCCCUUUGGUGAGCAGCCUUGCAUUGGCCACAAGUGCACUAAAUUUACUGUGAAUCCCAAAGCCUGUGGGGGUUGUCUCCCCAAGACCAGCCGGCGCCUUCUCCUCCCCAGGGCCUUCCAGGCUGCCCCGUGCGCACAGCACCCUCACAGAGCCCCGUUUCUGUGUCCCGUUCAGGUCAGCAGUCAUGGCGAGCUGAGGCCUGGUCUAGCGGCUGCUGGGAGUGAGCCUCUCUGCCCCUUGUCCACUUUGAGCCCAGAACCUGACUGCCUCUGACGUCACUGGUAUUACACUCGGGCUCUGCACCCGCCUCCCCAAAGACCCAGAGGUCAGGGACGGGGCGGCAGUGAAUGUUGGACAGAGUCCCAAGGUGUGGCCUGGGGCACACCAGGCAUCACCUCCCCCAACACACACUUUCCCCACGUGCUUGGAUUUGUCAGCCCAUCCCUUCCCUUCUUCACCUCCCACCCCCGGCCCAUCCCCGAUGGAGGUUGGAGGGCCCUGAGGCAGCCGCUGUGGCAGGAAGGGCACGGGCCUGGCAGCUGGAGACCUUUGUUCAAGUGCUGGCCCUGCUGCUGACAAAGUAUGAAACCUGGGGAGGACUUCUCGUCUCCGGGCCUCAGUUUCCCCAUUAGGUCAGUGAGUGACACUAGUAAGUGGGGGUGGGGGGGCACCUCCUGGGCACAGGACUGAAUUUGGAGAGUGUCACCAGGUCCCACACUCACACCAUCCCCCAUCAGUCCAUCACUGCAGUCAAGCCAAGGGUGCCAGCCCCACCCCUGCCUGUCGUCCCAAUCCCUGCCUGUGGUCCCCACCCCUGCAAAAGUGAAGGAGAAGGGUCCCCCUCCACCUCGCAUGGGGCAGCCCCAAGCCACGCUGCAGAACCCCUCCCCCCGGGGAGCAGGGAGACACUGUCCGGCAGCGGGAGGACCACCCUCUUCAGGGAGGAGCCUGUUUCUAUUGUCCUGCGUCCUUCCUUUCUCCCAGGGACAGGGAGAAAGCUGGUUGGCAGGACCGAGUCACUUGAUUUUGCCCCAACGUGAUGCCUCUGUGGGAAAAAGUCAGACCACGAAAUGGGCCUGAAAUCCAGUGUUUACCGCGGCUCAGGGACACCCAGCCGGGGUCCAGUGCCUUUGUUUUCAAAUGAAAAUGUUUGUACAGCUGAGGAGUUACAGUCAAGUUAACCAGGAGUCCAGGGAGCAAGUGGAGAAGAUGGAGUGAGUGUGUUUGAAGCCAGGGGGGCUGCAGAGGAGAUUUCAGGGGGUCGCGGCCUCUGAGCACUUAAAAGGGGGGUAUUUGCUCCAACCUGAGCCCCAAAGCUGCCUCCCUCCUACCCACAGCAGCCAUGCCUGGCCGCUGGCUGUGGCCACCCUCCCACCCACUGGGAAUGCCAGGGUGGAGUCUCUGCCCAGCUGUUUCCGGCUGUCCCCACCGGGCCAAGGUGAGCGGAGUCGCCCUGGCUGGAGGCACUGUGGCUGAGAAGCUGUCACUGCCCGUCAUCCUAGUGCGCAGCCACAGGUAAUGCUCCCAGUGGUGGGCAGUGUGCUUGUCCGCUGCCAGCACCCGGCCCCAACUCUUCCAGGGACCUGGCCCCACAGUGGGACCUGCCAAGUCUGCGGCAGAGGUGGGGAGAGCCCAUACCCUAAAAGAACCGGGACUCCAGGCCGCUGGAGGCCAGGGCCUUCCACGGGCCACAGGAGAUGGGCUAUCACCCAAAGUGACCUUCCCCGUGGGCUUGUCCAGCUGGCAGCCAUUGCCCCUGCCAUCUGUGCCCAGCUGGCCACGGGGGGCUGGGCCCUCUGCAACCCCCUCCGGUAUUGUUCUGGCAGAACUUGGUCAGCAAAAGCCUCUGAUGCCCAGGCUGGCUGCUGUGGGAAUGAAGUGCUCAGAGGCCUGGGAGCCCAGGGGACGAGCAAGUGUGUGGUUCAGUACGUUCAAAAGGGACAAUGGCUUGCAGUUAGUAGGUCUAGUGACGUAGCUGGGAGAGAACAGUGUUUACCCCAUUUGAAGUAUUCAGUAGUUCUACUUGUGAAUUUGUAUUUAUUUUGAGUUAUACUUGACACAGAAUUCCUUUUUUAAAAGAAAAAAUACUAUUUGUGUAUUUUGAAAAAAAAUCAUAGAUGUUAAAAUUUCUGCAUAGUUACCAAUUUUUCUCACAACACUGAAUUUGUUACCUUCUCCUGAAAAAUCCUCACAGUGAUUGUUGUCUGUAUAUAUUUGAAGGCCUUUUUAAAAAAAAAAAAAAAGAAAAGAAAAGAAAAAAAUAAUUGUUUGAUUUUUGACAUAAAAAAACAAACAAAAAGAGGCAUUUUCAAAACUUCAGAGCUUUCGGGAGGGCAAUAGAAUAUCAAACAAAAUGUCUGGAAGUAUUUUGCAAACCUUCUUGUUGAGGUGCGAGAAAAUAUUUAUGGUGAGAACUUUUCUCUCCUGGGGUUUUUUUCGUUUGAUUUUUUUUUUUUUUUUUUUACUAUACUUUGGUCUGUAAAAAGUAUGCAACUGAACUACAUUAAGAAGGAAAUAUUGUCUCCAUAGAAUAUUUUAUGAAGUUGGUACAUAAUUCUGACGAGGAAAAAAACACCUUCGCAAUUCUUUAAGCCAUAUUGUUGCUAUUCUGUGUUGUUUUCCUUGGAUGAAAAUAUCAGUAUUAAGUAGCCAGCAUAUUACCCCAGUCUUAGACUCAGUGAUAUGUGUCUGUCCUGUAUUUAUACAUAUGUGUAUCUGGAAAGUAUUGCCUUUUUAAGGGAAGCUCUUAGGUAUGUAGUGAAAGGGGGAUGGUGACCCCUUUGAGCCUCCUCGGCUGAGGAUAACAAACAGCAUUGUAAUCCGUUCCCUUGCACCUUCUCAUUAUUCUCUCGUUAUUAUGGUUGUUAGUUUAGUAGGGGGCAAGGAGGUGGCCUAGGGGAGGAAGGGGUAUGUGACUAACCAGCCCCCUGUGGCCUUGCCUGGGGAAGGCCCGGUCAGCAGGGCCCCGGAGGGCGGUGAGAGGAAGGGAGGCAGUCUUCACACCCCUCUGGGUGGCCGUCUGAGCCAUGCCUCGGAGCCCCAGGCUCUUAGAACUUGGAUUUGUCAACCAGAGCCCUCACUUGCCCUCCAACGUCUAAUAGACUUGAACCUAUUCUACCUGAGUAUUUAACCAACAUCACUACAUUGUAGCCAGCGCAACAACUAACCCUGACGUGCGGGAGGUGUCCCCGGGGCUGGUGGCAGCGGGCUUGCUGCUCUCCGCUGCCGGCCUCACCGCUCACCUCCUCCACUCCCGUGGGGUGACUGUCCGUGUCUGUAUCCAUGAAUGCGUGUGUGUCCAGCUAAAGAGACAAAUGGCCCGUGGGCCCAGCUCGGAGAGCACGGCAAGGCCCCUGAGCUCUCCGAGGUCGCCCUCGGGAUGGCAUUCCGUUGUGUGCCUUAUUCCUGGAGAAUCUGUAUGCGGCUUGCCCGUAGAAACAUAGUCUUUUCCUGCGGCAUUAAAGGACUUUAAAGGCCG